AUGGCUCAUGUUCUUGGCUACGAAAACCAAACUAUACCAGAUGGCGUCGACCAAGCAGACGGAAUUGCGUUUGAUCGUCAUCUCAACGUUGCUAGCCAGCAAGACCUCCAGACCAUAUGGGGCUGGAACAGGAUGUUGCCCAAGGCUGAGGAGGCCCUUGUAUACGAUCUGAUCGCCGAGACGGCCAGAAAUCGGCCAGAUGCUUUGGCUGUAUGUGCUUGGGAUGGUGAUUGGACAUACCGCGAGCUUGAUACUUUGUCUUCGCUCUUGGCACAUCAGCUUGUUUGCCUCGGCAUAGGACCUGGAUUGGUUGUACCCAGCUAUUUUGAAAAAUCUCGGUUCACGUCCAUCGCUAUGCUAGCCGUGAUGAAGGCAGGCGGAGCAUCUCUUUUGCUGGACGUGAACCUACCAGAGGAGCGCCUGCAAGCUAUCAUUGCACAGGUAAACCCAGUAUUGGCGCUUUCGUCGGCAGCCAUGCAUGACUCGGCAAGGCGGCUUAUAAGAAAGCCUACGAUAGUCAUUGACGAUGUCUAUGUUGAACAUGUGACAGAUUUCCAGGCACACGCAAAACUCCCAAGGGUCCAACCUUCGGACACAUUGUAUGUGGUUUUCACAUCAGGCAGUACAGGCACCCCAAAGGGCGUCAUUGUCACGCAUUCGAAUUUUAGUAGCGCAAUUAGAUAUCAGCAGAGUGUUCACGGCUUUCGCGAGAAUUCCCGGGUCUUAGAUUUUGCAUCCUAUGCUUUUGAUGUCUCUUGGUCGAAUGCUCUGCACUCAUUCACCUGUGGCUCAUGCCUCUGUGUGCCAUCUGAGGCAGAACGAAGAGAUGAUUUGGCUGGGUGUAUCCAGAGGUUUAAAAUCACCUAUGCUGAUUUGACUCCAACAACGGCAGGUAUUCUCCCGGAACAGAGCAUUAGGUCCUUGAAAACCUUGGUGCUGGGCGGCGAAAGCCUUCCUCUGCAAAUGGCCAAGAGAUGGGCCACCAUGACAGAAGUCUUGAACCCCUAUGGCCCAUGUGAAUGCACGCCGACGUCCACCAUGGCGACAGUCAACUCCGAUAGUGUCGUUGCCAGCAUUGGAAAAGGCAUGGGUGUUGUUACCUGGGUAGUCGACGCAGAAGACCAGGACGAGCUUGUCCCGAUUGGUGGUGUCGGCGAGUUGCUUCUUGAAGGGCCUCUUGUUGGCGGCGGCUAUCUUGGUGAUGCCGAGAAAACAGCGGCGGCUUUCGUUGAAAAUCCUACCUGGCUACUGCGCGGAGCACUUGGACAGCCGGGUCGGUGCGGUAGGCUAUACAAGACAGGCGAUCUAGUACGACAAAACACAGAUGGCACCCUCACCUUCGUUGCUCGAAAAGAUAAUCAAGUUAAAAUCAACGGUCAGCGCGUCGAGCUGGGCGAUGUUGAGCACCGUGUACGGACCAAUAUUACGCACGGCACCAAUAUACAGAUCGUUGCCGAGAUCAUCACCACUCGGGAGAGCAACAAGACACUGCUGGUAGUGUUCUUGCAGAUCCCAACCUUGGCUGUCGUGGACGCACAAGGAGUACGUCAAACAGAGGUGAAGAAAAUCACCGACGGCUUAGACGAGAAGCUCGCGCAGCAAAUACCAGCUUAUAUGAUACCCUCUGCAUAUAUUCCUCUGGAGUGCCUUCCCGUCACAGCGACAGGAAAGGUCGACCGGCGAAGGUUGCGGCAAAUGGGUCGGGACCUGUCUUUGGGGGAUUUAAUGCUCUUGAAUGGGAAUGGGGAAAGUCAGCGCCCACUUCCUGAUUCCCCAUUGGAAAAAUUACUCCAAGGACUCUGGUCUUCUAUCGUUGGAAUCGAUGCUGAACUUAUCAGGGCCGACGACAGCUUCUUGAAACUUGGCGGCAACUCCAUUGGCGCAAUGACGCUGGUAGGGGCUUUGCGUGAGCAAGGAUAUUCCCUUGCCGCUGCUCACGUGUUGAAGUAUCCCCGACUGAGUGAUCAAGCAAUGGUGAUUGGCAAAUUACCUGGAGCAGACAAGCAGCAGGUUAUUAAACCGUAUUCAUUACUGCGAGCUUCUGUGGAUAUCCAGGCAGCUCGAACUGAGGCUGCGAGGUUGUGUAAAGUGAGCACAGCCGCGAUUACAGAUAUUUUCCCAUGUACGCCUCUUCAGGAAGGCUUGCUAGCAUUGACAGCAAAGGGCGGAAGCAGCUAUGUUGCCCGAUAUCUGCUUGAGUUACAGCCAUGGAUCAACAUUCCGCGCUUUCGGGAAGCGCUGGCCGAGGUAGUGAGGGUGACUCCGAUUUUGCGCACACGCAUUGCAGACGUAGCUGGCCAAGGGCUGGUGCAAGUAGUCAUCGAUGAGUCGAUGCGUUGGUCGCCGACGGAUAAGCUCGCCAACGUCGAGGAAGACACGGGUACAAGCAAGAUACCCAUGGUUGGCUUAGGCACGCCUUUAGUGCAGUUUGCUAUGGUCAAGCGACAGGACGACGAAGACGAAAAAUUCUUCUCGCUGACGAUCCAUCAUGCCUUAUAUGAUGGAUGGUCUCUGUCGCUCAUGUUUGAGGCUCUUGAUAAAGCGUACAGGAGAGAGACACUGUCACAGCAGCCUCCAUUUCAAGCCUUUGUUAAGCAUCUUAGCGGAGCCCAUGAUAACGGAGACGCAAAGAAGUACUGGGAAACGCUGUUUGAAGACUCGGGAGCGACAGUGUUCCCCAUGCUUCCCUCACCAAAAUACCAACCUCGGUCGGACGCAACCACUACACAUAUCGUCAAGGGCUUGGAGUGGCCCAAGAUUGAUGUAACACCUUCGAUAGUCGUGAGAGUUGCACUAGCUGUAUUGGCCUCCCAGUUCACCAACUCACACGACGUUGUAUUCGGAGUCACGGUAGCGGGACGGCAGGCGGCGGUGGCUGGUAUCGAGAGAAUGGUGGGACCUACGAUUGCUACGGUCCCAGUUCGAGUGGUUUUGGACAAGACCCAGAGUAUUAAGCGACUUCUCCAUCAGUAUCAGGCACAAGCCGUGGAGAUGACGGCGUAUGAGCAGACGGGCCUACAGAGUAUCCGUACAGCGAGCACAAACGCCGAAGCCGCUUGUGGAUUCCAAACCCUCCUGGUGGUUCAACCCGACGAUAAAGGCGUUGAAGAUGAAAGCGAGCUCUUUGUAAAACGAAGCUAUAACGACCAACACGGAGACCAGGGACUUGCCGACGUUGAUCCUUAUGCCCUUACUAUUGAAUGUGAUCUCCAGGAGCAAGGUCUAAGGUUCCGGAUUGGAUUUGAUUCGAGCAUAUUGCAAUCCGAUCAGGUUGGCGGGCUGGCGAUACAAAUGGACCACAUUAUUCGGCAAAUGUGUAACCCGACCAAUCUUGACAAGAGUCUUGGGGAGAUUGAGUUACUCAGCAAACAUGACCUGCAGUGUAUCUGGACUUGGAAUGCUACGGUACCAGAAACCGUGGAGACGCCUGUCCAUGACAUGAUUGCAGAGACGACGCGACGGCAGCCCGAUGCCGCGGCUGUUUGUGCGUGGGACGGUGACUGGACGUACAGCGAGCUAGACAGUCUUUCAACCAGGCUUGCGCAUUACUUGGUCAGGAGAGGUGUCUGUCCAGACGUAAUCGUCCCGGUUUGGUUCGAGAAGUCGCGGUGGACGCCAGUCGUAAUGCUCGCAGUUAUGAAGGCGGGAGGAGCGUCGGUGCUGCUAGACACGAGCCAACCCGAGCAGCGCAGGCGAAGUAUUGUACGGCAAAUCAAGGCACCGCUGAUUUUAUCAUCACCGACCAACCGAGAGGCUGCUAGCCAGCUCAUAGGCUCGGAUCGGCCGACCGUGGUGGUUGAUGAUGAACAUCUGGCCAAGAUGGAUGUGCCUGAUGAUGCUGCCCAUCUGCCAGUCGUGCAAGCCAGCAACAAGGCAUACUUGAUUUUCUCAUCUGGAAGUACUGGAACUCCAAAGGGUGCUGUUAUGACACACGCAAACAUUAGUAGUGCCGCCUGGCAUCAAAGACAUGCCCAAGGUUAUCAGCCAGACUCCAGGGUAUACGAUUUCACAUCAUACGCCUUUGACACGACUUGGUCAAACUUUAUUAACAUUUUCACGUGUGGUGGAUGUUUAUGCAUCCCGUCUGAAAACGAGCGAAAAAACGACCUGGUAGGCUCUAUUCAGCGGCUACGGCCCAGUAUUGUAGAUUUGACCCCGUCGGCCGCGGCUGUUCUUCAGGACGACGUUAUUCGAUCGUUAAAAACGCUGAUUCUAGGCGGCGAAAGAAUGUCCACAGAGUACGCUAGGCGAUGGUCAGAUAUGGUAGAUUUGAAGUCGCCGUACGGCCCGUGUGAAUGCACCCCGACGGCAAGCGUGGCUACCAUCACUCCUGACUGUGUUGAUAGAUUGACGAUUGGAAAGGGUGUUGGGUUGGUCACUUGGGUCACCGACCCGGAAAGCGUUGAUUUGCUCAUGCCUGUCGGCGCCGUUGGAGAGCUUGUUCUAGAAGGCCCCCUCGUUGGUGCAGGAUAUCUCGACGACCCGGAGAAGACUGCGGCCGCAUUUAUAGAUAACCCCUCGUGGCUGCUUCGAGGUGCUGCAGGCCAUCAUACUGGCCGCCGCGGGCGUUUGUACAAAACGGGAGAUUUGGUGCGGUAUAAUUCAGAUGGAAGCCUCGUCUUCAUCGGCCGUAAAGACUCUCAGGUCAAGAUCAAUGGCCAGCGGCUAGAGUUGGCCGAGGUAGAGCACCACAUACUGGAGCAAAUCACCAAAGACGACUUACAUGUCCGGGUUGCGGCCGAGGUCCUUGUGCCUCGAGAUGGCAUCAAGUCAACACUCAUAGCCUUCAUCACUGACUUGACUGCUGCCAGCGUCGAGGCCCUCCGGUUGAAGACGAAGGCGAUCAUCACUGGGCUCGACGACACACUUGCCGCGCAUAUCCCGUCAUAUAUGAUACCAUCUGCGUAUGUGCCGAUGGAAAGAUUCCCCAUGACGGCAACCGGAAAGUUGGAUCGGCAACGACUCCGAGCAAUCGGUGAAGCAAUGACCCUAGAGGAGCUGAUGAUCCUGAAUGCGUCGAGUGGUGAGCGGCGAUUGCCCGCAACUGAGAUGGAGCGAAGUCUUCAAGCUCUCUGGUCACAUGUGCUUGCUAUAAGUCCGGACAAAAUCGCAGCAAAUGAUAGCUUCUUGCGCCUUGGCGGUGAUUCAAUCGCGGCUAUGAGGUUGGCGGCUUUGGCGCGGGAUCAGGGUUUCUUCUUCACCGUCGCGGACAUAUUCAACCAACCGCAAUUAAGCGAACUGGCUGUCGUUGUUAAAACAUCUCCUGAAUCGAAUUCGAAUCAGGCUAUUCAACCAUUCUCUUUGCUGAAAAGUGGCAUCGAUAUCGGAACAGCUUGCAGGGAGAUGGCGGUUGGUUGCAAGGUUGAUGCCACACAGAUUGAAGAUGCAUUCCCUUGCACACCUCUGCAGGAGGGUCUGCUGGCUCUCACAUCGAAGCGAGCAGGUGAUUACCUCGCCAGGAAUGUUUUUGAGUUUCGUCCCUCUGUCGAUGUCUCUCGUUUCCAGGCCGCAUGGGAGAAAGUCGUGAAAACCACACCUAUAUUGCGAACACGCAUUAUUGAUUUAGCUGGACAGGGACUGCUGCAGGUCAUCAUCGACCAGCCGACUCAAUGGUCGUCUACGGUCGGGAUGCCAAAUCUCGACGCAUAUCGGCGUGCAGAUAAGCAGCUGCCUAUUGGCCUGGGUAUGCCGCUCGCACGGUUCGCUGUUGUCGAAGACCAUGAUGAAAAUCGACGCUUUUUUGUAUGGACAAUUCACCAUGCGUUAUAUGACGGGUGGUCGAUGCCACUUAUUCUUGAAAAGCUGGAGAAGGCCUAUGAGGAAGAUGAACAGCCAAUAUUAGCCCCAUCUCCUCCGUUUCAGCGGUUCGUGAAGCACAUUAUGGACGUAGAUGACACGCAAGCAGCCCAAUUCUGGCGUUGCCAAUUCGAGGAAUUAGAGGCACCCAUAUUCCCUGCACUUCCGUCCCCAAAUUACCAACCAAGGACCGAUGCUGUAUCCGUGCAUCAUGUUGAGGGGAUUGAAUGGCCCAAGGUCAACGCAACUGCUUCAACGGUGCUAAGAGCGGCCUGGGGUAUUGUUGCUGCUUCUUACACUAACACAGACGACGCGUUAUUCGGAAUGACUACAACAGGGAGGCAAGUGAACAUACCGGGUAUUGACCGAAUAAUCGGACCAACAAUCGCGACCGUGCCUUUACGAAUGGCAAUUGACAGGGAAAAGACCUUGGAGCAGUUCCUGCUCCAGGCACAAUCGCAGACUGUAGAAUUGACGGAAUUUGAGCAGAGUGGACUGCAGCGAAUCCGUCAGGUAGGUCAGAAAACUAACGCCGCAUGCCAGUUUCAGACGCUGCUUGUGAUACAAGGUAAGGAACAGGGUCACGUCCCGCAUAGCAGAUUAUUCCUCGCGAUCGGGGGCGACAGUGGUGAAGACAGUGACACACUUGCCGAGUUCGACACGCAUGCCCUGACUCUUGACUGCGACCUGGAAGCCCAUGGAGUAAGCUUGCGAUUUGGCUAUGAUUCGAAGGUCAUUUCCACUAGGCAGCUGGAGAGACUUGCCAACCAUCUUGAUCAGGUCCUCCGUCAACUAUGUGACUCAGCCAACAUCAACAAAAGGGUAGCUGAAAUUGAAACCAUCAGUCACCGGGAUCUCCAGGAUAUUUGGGGCUGGAACAGCAAUUUUCCCGCGACUAUUGAGACACCGAUACACGAUCUCGUUACAGAAACCGUACGAAGACAACCCGAGUCUCUCGCGGUUACUGCAUGGGAUGGUGACUGGACUUAUGCUGAGCUUGACAGAUUGGCAACUCAGCUUGCCUGUCAUCUGGUUAGUAUGGGCGUUAAACCGGACUCAAUUGUGCCGCUUUGUUUUGAGAAGUCCAAAUGGACGCCCGUGACAGCAUUAGCGGUAAUGAAGGCGGGUGGCGCAUCCGUCCUACUGGAUUCUACUUUACCUGAGGAGCGUCUUCGUACAAUCACGCAGCAAGUUAAGCCGAACUUGAUGUUAUCGUCGUCGUCCAACCAGCAGUUGGCCGGUCGGCUGACUGACCAGCCGACGCUCGCGGUAAACAGCAAAUUCUUGUCGCAAUUACGGAGUGGCUCGUCAUCCGUGAUACAGCUCCCUGAAGUGAAGCCUUGGAAUAGGCUUUACGUCGUGUUCACAUCGGGCAGCACAGGAAUACCAAAGGGUGUGGUCGUUACGCACUCUAACCUCAGCAGCGCCAUACGAAACCAACAUGGUGCCCAUGGCUUCCAAGCCGGCUCACGCGUUUAUGAUUUCGCGUCAUACGCGUUCGACGUAGCUUGGGCGAAUAUGCUCGGCGCCUUUGAGUGCGGCGCGUGCCUCUGUAUCCCAUCAGACGACGAGCGCCAAGGCGACCUGGCAGGAUCCCUCCGUCGGUUCCAGACUACGCACGUUGAGAUGACGCCUUCCGCUGCCAAGCUGCUUCCAAGAGAGGUUCUGGAGUCGUUGGAUACGUUGAUCCUCGGGGGCGAGCGACUCUCGACAGAGGACGCCAGGGGCUGGGCAUCACAAGUGAAGCACUUGAGGAAUUCGUACGGACCGUGCGAGUGCACGCCAACAUCGACGGUCGCAAACAUGGAUGCCAAUGUUGAGAGUGGCGCAACCAUAGGAAGGGGCGUUGGGGUGGUGACAUGGGUGGCUGAUACGGCCACGGGGGGGUCUCUUGUGCCGGUGGGCGCCAUUGGCGAGCUGCUUCUCGAGGGACCCUCGGUUGGCCCCGGAUAUCUCGACGAUGCAGAGAAAACAGCAGCAGCCUUCAUCAACGACCCGGCAUGGCUGCUUCGUGGCAUAUCGGGCCAGCCAGGCCAUGGCGGGCGCCGCGGCCGUCUAUACAAGACGGGCGAUUUAGUACGGUACGGCCAGGACGGAAACUUAAUCUUCAUCGGUCGCAAGGACUCCCAAGUCAAGAUCAACGGUCAAAGGGUGGAGCUGGGCGAGAUCGAAAACCACAUCGCCGGCGAUCCAUCUGUUCGCCAAGCUGUAUCGCUGCUCCCAAAGGUGGGAUUGUGCGAAGGUCGGCUCGUCGGUAUAUUCAGUUUGAACGAGUAUGAGCGUGGCGAUUCUACUUCUUCACCUAUUGAGCUCAUACCGCGCAACUCCAAAUUGCCAGUCCAAGACUUUAUCAAAAACUUGCGAGCUCAUUUGGACGCCGCGGUUCCGGCUUACAUGGUCCCUUCGGUUUGGAUCGCAGUCAAUCAUAUCCCACUGAAUCCAUCCGGGAAGCUGAAUCGCAAGCUUGUCGAAGAGUGGCUUGCUGCUUUGAGCCCCCAAAUAUACGCAGACAUCAGCGAUACUUCCCGUGGCCCUGCGGCUCGAGAUGCGGCAAAUAACGCAGAACGCGUGAUCCGCGAUGCCUGCAGCGUCGUUCUGAAUAUACCGACAAAGGACGUCAACCUCGAGCGAUCAUUCAUUGCCAAUGGUGGUGAUUCCAUUUCCGCCAUGAGAUUAAGCCCUCAGUGCCGUGCUUCUGAUGUUAACUUCUCGGUUGCAACAUUGCUCAGGGCCAAGACGCUGGCCGAGGUUGCGCGACUGUCAACAGGUACAGCCGCCUCGAUGCCAUCCCAGAUAGAACAAGUCAACACAGCCUUUGGUCUUGCGCCCAUCCAACAGUGGUUCUUCUCCCAGGUUUCUGACAAUAUCAAUAAUAAUGACUUUUACUGUAACCAAAGUUUCUACGUCAAAAUCACGCGUCCAGUUUCGUCCGACAAACUCUCGGCGGCAAUCCUGAAGAUUGUUCAAUGCCAUUCUAUGCUCAGAGCGCGAUUUGAAAAGACAGGAAACGGCUGUUGGGUGCAGCGGGUGCUGGAGCCUAUCGAUGGUGUUUACCAUUUCGGAUUCUCACAGCUCCAGUCAAUAUCGGAUAUUGAGAGUAUGACCAUACGCAGGCAGCGAGAACUGGAUGUCCAACAUGGUCCCGUCUUUUCCGCAGAUUUAUGCGACCUUUCUUCUGGUGGCCAAUAUCUUAUUAUGAUCAUGCAUCAUUUAGUCGUUGAUCUGGUGUCUUGGCGCAUCAUUCUAGAUGACUUGGAGAUGCUUCUCAAUGGCGGCGGUUCCCCUCAAGCCGGCUUACCGUUCCAAGUCUGGAGCCAGCUCCAGACUGAGAGGGCUCAAACAUCUGCGCUGAAUCCGGAGCAUGUGCUUUCCACGGAAGGCGUCCAUAAUAACCUCUCUUUUUGGAACUUCAGCGACACCACACCGAAUGCAACCCGGGAUCACUUUGGAGCAAAUAUCGAGGUGGAUCACGAUACAACAGCCCUUUUACUCAAAGAUGCCAAUAAUGCUUUUAACACAGAGCCAGUUGAGCUCCUUCUCUCAGCUGUUUGGGAUGCCUUUUUCCAAGUCUUUCCGGAACGGAAUGGACUGACAAUAUUCAACGAGUGUCAUGGCCGUGAGCCUUGGAGUGCGGAGAUUGACCUGUCUCGAACUGUGGGCUGGUUCACCACGAUGGGCCCGAUUCAUGUUUCUAGGAAUAAGCUCUCGGCAAACAUCGUUAGACUGGUUAAAGACUCUAGAAGACGUCUUCCUGCAAACGGCUGGGCCUAUUUUGCCUCGCGAUACUUAAACCCCGAGGGAAUGGAUGCUUUCAAAUCCCACGAUUCCACUAUGGAAGUCAUCUUCAACUAUCACGGUCAAUUUCAGCAAUUAGAGCAAGAAAACGCUCUUUUCGAGAUUGCCAGCUUAAAGGAUGUGUCUGACAUAGGACCAGCACUUCCCGUGUCGUCCCUCUUCGAGAUUAAUGCAACCCUUGAAGGGGGGUGCACUCACUUCACGUUCUCUUGGAACCGCCACAUUUUAUAUCAGGAUCUCAUUCGCAAGUGGAUCACGCAGGUUGGUGUAUCUCUACAAACUAUUUGUAGUCAUCUUGCUGCCGCCAAAAAAUCGACAAGAACUCUCUGCGACUAUGAGUUACUUAGCCUAGGUUAUGACGGACUCGAAGAGCUUGAAACCCGCAUCCUUCCGAACAUCGAGACCAUAAAUAACGCUGUAAUAAGCGGCGUUUACCCAUGCUCACCCAUGGUAGAUGGUAUUCUUCUCAGUCAGCUUCGCGAUUCGGCGGCAUACCAAACCUCUAGUAUGUUCGAGAUCAAGUGUCACAACGGUGCCUCGAUAGAGCUGGAACAUCUAGCCGAAUCUUGGCAAGCCGUCAUCGCACGUCACCCCUAUCUUCGUAGUGUCUUCAUUGAAGGAGUGGACGAGAAUGCAGCAUACGAUCAAGUUGUCUUGGAAUCAUUUCGCGGAGAGGUCAUAUUGGUCCACAGCGCAGAGAAAUCGUCGGCGAUAAGGUUGCUUAGGGAGGCGGCACCAGCAGUUUAUCAUCGCCAGCCAAAACCUCCUCAUCGCCUCACGCUUUGCAAGGUUGCAGAUGAAUCCCACGUUAUCGGUCUACUAGAAAUGAGUCACGCUAUCACGGAUGGCGCCUCAACUGCGAUAAUAGUGGAAGAUUGGACUAGUGCAUAUCUGGGUACUCUGGAUACGAAGUGUCUAUCGGACACCAGCCUAGAUUUCGCGCGUGCACUGAAAGAAACUCCGGUCAAAGAAAAGAUGCAUUACUGGAAGAACAAGUUGCUGGGUCUCGAGCCAUGCUUUUUCCCCCAGCUUUUAGCCGUUUCGCGGCCCGGUAAUGCAACGGCCAUGGUCCAUGUCGACGUAAUUGGAGAAUCUUUUGCUCAACUCCAGGCCUUCUGCGAGGCACAGUCCGUUACCCCCGCAAGCUUAUUUCAGACUGCCUGGGCUCUUACCUUGGCAGCUUACACGGGCAAAGACUCUGUAUGUUUCGGGUAUCUUGCUUCUGGUCGAGACUUAUUCCCAGGCAUAGAGAAGUCUAUAGGUGCAUUCGCUAAUCUACUUGUGUGUCGUGCCGACAUUUCGCGGGACUCGACUCAGGAGUAUUUUCUGAAAAGCAUCCAUCAGCAGGUUUUACAGGACCUUGGCUUUCAACAUUGCGCUCUAGCCGACAUUCAACAUCAUCUUGAUCUCCCCUCUGGACAAGCGUUAUUCAAUACCGUCAUGUCUUUCCAAAGAGAUUACGAAGAGGCCGGAGAAGAUCAAGAAAAGCAGAAUAUAGAAAUAGCAGAAAUUGAUGGGGAAGACCCAACCGAGUAUGACAUUUCUCUCAGUGUAUCCUACGGCAUCAAGCAAGCAGGCUUUUGUCUCGACUACCGUCUAUCUUGUUUAACUGAGCAGCAAGCACUUCGAGUGGCUUCACUAAUGAAGAAUUUUGUUACUACACUAAUUGCAAGUCACAGCUCCUCGAUUUCGGCAGAGUCACAGGGCAGCGUGCAAGAGUCGCGGUCAUUGGCCGAUAUGGACUCUAUCGAUCAACGGGACUUACUUGAUAUUUGGGACUGGAACAGUACCGUCCCGGAGACAGUAAAUGUCCUGGUGCACGGUAUCUUCACCGAAACAGCACAGCGCCAACCCGACGCCCCAGCCGUGUGUGCCUGGGAUGGUGACUGGACCUACGCAGAACUCGACGAAGUUUCUACCCGACUAGCUGACUAUCUUAUUGAUAAGGGUGUUAAGCCUGAUGUAAUUGUGCCUCUUUGCUUUGAGAAGUCCCGGUGGACUCCAGUGGCACAGUUAGCUGUUAUGAAGGCUGGAGGUGCGUCGCUUGCAAUGGACGCAGCACAGCCCGUUGAACGUCUCCGUACCAUUGUACAGCAGGUCAAUCCUGUAGUGAUACUGUCAUCUUCGCUUGCUAUUGAGGUAGCUAGCCAACUAACAGAGCGGCCGGUGGUCGUCGUCGAUAAUGAACACAUGGCAAAGCUGAGCCGGCGACCUAUGCCGCGUACAGACGUCCAACCUUGGCACAAACUUUACGUGGUAUUUACGUCUGGUAGUACGGGAACUCCCAAGGGCGCAAUAAUAACACAUGCCAACUUUAGCAGUGCUAUCCGUCACCAGCAAUUUGGAAUGGGUUUCAAGAGCUCUUCUAGGGUAUAUGAUUUCGUGAAGUAUGCAUUUGAUAUCUCAUGGUCAAACGUCCUGCAUACUCUCACUGCAGGUGGCUGUCUUUGCAUACCCUCUGACUCAGAGGCCCUCAAUGACCUUGCAGGCUCAUUCCGACGUUACAAUGCCAAUUUCCUCGACGUCAAUCCGUCAGUUGCCAGUACACUACAGCCGUCGGAGUUGGGAAGUUUAGAGCAUUUGCAAUUUGGAGGAGAGUUCUUGUCCGGUCACAUGGCCUCAGAGUGGGCAAAACAUUGCGAGACUCUCAAUACAUACGGACCUGCUGAGUGUAGUAUCAGGGCGACAUUUGUCCCGAUGGAUGAAAACACGGGUGCCACUCCUAGUAUUGGAAGUGGCAUCGGUUUAAACACAUGGCUGGUUAACGUCUCGGAUCAUGACCAACUGGUUGCCAUCGGAAAUGUGGGAGAACUUCUAUUAGAAGGUCCGUUAGUUGGCGAUGGCUAUCUGGGAGAUGCCAAAAAGACGGCAGCCGCAUAUAUCGAUGAUCCCAAGUGGCUUGUCCGCGGUGCUCCUGGACAUCCAGGCCGUCACGGGCGGUUAUAUAAAUCAGGAGACUUGGUGCGAUAUAAUACGGACGGAAGUCUCACCUUUGUCGCUCGCAAGGACUCCCAAGUCAAGAUCAACGGUCAACGCGUGGAGCUGGGCGACGUCGAAUAUCAUGUGCAGGCGAAUGUCGCCGACAGCGUUGAAGUCGAGGCAGUAGCCGACGUGAUCACACCCAGAGGAAGCAGCAAGUCCAUACUGGUAGCAUUCCUGCACAUCAAAGAUUGCCUUGCUAUAGAAGCAAAUGGGCUGCAGGCGGAAAUGAGGAGAGUGACUGCAGGGCUGGAGGACAGGCUUUCCAGGCGUGUCCCAGCGUACAUGAUUCCCUAUGCUUAUAUCCCCGUCAAAGAUCUGCCUAAGACUGCGACAGGAAAGCUGAAUCGCCGUCAACUCCGCACAAUAGCAUCAGGCAUGACUCUAGAAGAGCUCAUGGCGUUAAACAUGCCAGGCGGCGUGCGGCGGGCACUGAGUUCGGAUACAGAACGACAACUUCAGGGUAUUUGGUCAUCUCUACUAAGAAUUAGUGCCGACAAGAUUGGACCUGACGAUAGCUUCCUACGUAUUGGUGGCGACUCAAUCGGCGCAAUGAGGCUUGUCGGAGAGGCACGUAAACAGGGACUAUCGAUCACUGUUGCGGAUGUUUUCAAGAAUCCUCGACUAAGUGACCUAGCUGCAGUGGCCCGCAAGCUUUCGUCAGCAUCGACCGAAACUAUUCCACCCUAUUCACUACUUAAAGCCAGUAUCAAUGUCCAAGCCGCACGAGACGAGAUUGCAUCUCUUUGCGACAUAGAUGCUACACAAAUUGAGGACAUCUUCCCAUGUACUCCGCUCCAGGAAGGUCUAUUAGCCUUGACCGCCAGAAGAGCAGGAGAUUACAUUGCUCGAUACAUCUUCGAACUACGCCCGUCAGUCAAUAUCGAUCGACUUGAGGCAGCAUGGCACGAGGUCAUCAGGACAACACCGAUACUGCGAACUCGAAUUGCAGAACUUACAGAACAAGGCCUCGUCCAAGUCAUCAUAGAUAAACAGACGAGCAGCUCCUUUGGCAAAAAGUCAAACAGCCUUUCUGCAUACCAAAAUGCAGAUGAGACGCUCCCCAUGGGACUGGGAACUCCGCUGGUGCGCCUCGGAUUCGUCCAUGAGGACCAAAAUGAACCUGACAAGCGCUUCUUCGUAUGGACGAUACACCAUGCACUCUAUGAUGGAUGGUCAAUGCCGCAAAUUCUCGAGAAACUAGAAAAGGCGUAUCGAGGACAACAUCCCCUUUCACACGAACCUCCUUUCCAACUCUUCGUUAAGCACAUCAUGGAAAUGAGCAGUGAUUCGUCUUCAAAGUAUUGGAAAGCACAGUUUGAUGGAUCCGAAGCAGCCAGCAUCUUUCCAUCACUGCCUUCGGCAACUUAUCAGCCAAGAUCAGACACGCUGACAUUGCACCCUAUUCGAGAUCUUGCAUGGCCCGAUGCCGGCAUCACUCCAUCCACGAUAGUGAGAGCUGCUUGGUCGAUCCUGUCGGCCUUGUAUGUUGAUUCCACUGAUGUUGUUUUCGGUGUAACAGUGACUGGAAGGCAAGCUGCUGUACCCGGUGUCGACCAGAUGACCGGGCCAACGCUCGCAACGGUGCCAGUUCAAGUAGCGUUGGAUUGGAAUGAGAGCGUCGAACAACUAUUACUACGACUACAGUCCCAGGCUAUUGACAUGACAGCUUUCGAACAAACGGGACUGCAAAGAAUCCGACAAAUAAGCGCCAAAGCAAAGCAGGCAUGCGAAUUCCAAACACUCUUGCUCAUGCAACCGGCCGAGGAAAACGACAACGAAGAAGCUCAUCAUCUAUUUGUCAAUGAAAAUGGGGGUGAAAGUGAAGACUCAGAGGACUCGUUUGCCGAGUUUGACACCCAUGCAAUCACUGUUGAGUGCAGGCUUCGACGGGAUGGCCUACAGCUACAAGUCGGAUUUGACUCACAUGUCAUUGAUGAGCAACAGAUAAACAAACUGAUGCUACAGUUGGACCAUAUAAUUCGCCAGAUAUGCCAUUCCUCUGGCGAUAGCGAGAUCAAGGUUACCGACCUUAAAGCCCUUGGUCACCAUGACUUGGAGGAAAUCUGGGGCUGGAAUGCGACCGUGCCUGAAACUAUCGAGACAACAGUCCACAAAUUAAUCGAGGACACGGCAUCUACAAGGCCUGAAUCCCCGGCGGUAUGCUCGUGGGACGGCGACUGGACAUACGCUGAGCUAAAUGGCGCCUCGAGUCGCCUUGCAUGUCAUCUCGUCAGUCUCGGCGUGGGUCGAGGUAGUGUCGUACCUUUAUGCUUCGAAAAGUCGCGAUGGGUUCCUGUUGCAAUGCUUGCAGUGAUGAAAGCUGGCGGAGCAUCUGUCGCUUUAGAUCCGACUCUUCCAGAAGACCGCCUACUAACGAUUAUACGACAAAUAAAACCAUUACUGACAAUCUCGUCUCCGGCGAACCGUAAAUUAGCUGAGCAACUCGCCCCAGAUCAGUCCAUCGUGAUACUAGACGACAAACAACUCGCUCAACUCCCUCAGCCGGUUCAAGGGAUACUCCCUGUCGUACAGCCGUGGGACACACUCUAUGUCGUAUUUACCUCUGGGACAACUGGCACGCCUAAAGGCGUUGUAAUCACCCAUUCAAAUUUCAGCAGCGCUCUGAAGCACCAGCACGGUGCACACGGCUUUGACGAACAUUCAAGAGUGUUCGACUUCGCAUCGUAUGCCUUUGACGUGGCCUGGUCAAACGCGUUAUGCGCACUAGAGUGCGGAGCAUGUUUAUGUAUCCCAUCAGAUACUGAGCGACAAGAUGACCUCGUGGGAGCUAUACAAAGACUCGGGGUCACUCAUGCCGAGUUAACGCCAUCCACGGCUAGUAUCCUUCCGCUGGAUACCUUGAAGGCACUGCACACCCUCAUUCUUGGAGGCGAGAAGCUUUCUGUAGAACAAGCCAAAGUUUGGGGGCAGUUGGUGCAUUUAAAGAAUUCGUACGGUCCAUGCGAGUGUACGCCGACGUCUACGGUGUCGUGCGUUAACCCCGAUACAACGAUGAUUGAAUCCAGUGUCGGCAGAGGCAUUGGUGUCAAUACGUGGUUAGCCGAUACCGUCUCGGCCGAAUCGCUUGUCCCGGUUGGAGCCAUCGGUGAACUUCUUUUGGAAGGCCCUUUAGUUGGUAAGGGUUAUCUUGAUGACCCUGCGAAAACUGCAGAAGCUUUUGUCGAAGACCCGUUAUGGCUACUUGGUGGUGGCGGACCAGGUCAACCUGGUCGUCGCGGACGUCUCUACAAAACGGGAGACCUUGCACGAUACAACACAGACGGAAGUCUCACGUUUAUGGGACGUAAAGAUGCUCAAGUUAAAAUCAACGGCCAACGUGUGGAACUAGGCGAGAUCGAGAGCCACAUUUCACUCGAACCCUGGAUUCGACAAUCGGCGUGUAUACUUCCUACAUCCGGCCCAUGUAUCAACCGACUCGUUGGCGUACUUAGCAUUGUCGGACCAGAUCGUAGAAGCCGGGGCAUAUCGCCUACGAAACUAGAUAUCAGUUCCCAGGACGAACAGACGCAGCAACGUAUCGAGGCUCUCCGAGCUCUUUUGGAGAAUACUUUACCUGCCUACAUGGUUCCCAUUUUCUGGGUUGUCGUCCAUGAUAUACCUCUCAGCGCAUCUGGCAAACUCGACCGCAAGCGACUUGAGGAGUGGCUUGCAAACAUUGAUGCAGAGACAUUCAGUGCAAUCUCGGGUAUUGGGCGUAAUCCAGGGACCAGAAAACCCAAAAAUGAGGCAGAAGAGGUGCUUUUAAGAGCAUGCAGUACAGUUCUAAACACCCCGAUAGAGAAUAUCGAUUUGCAACGGUCAUUCGUGGCGAACGGCGGUGAUUCUAUAUCAGCUAUGCGUCUUAGUCCUCAUUGUCGUGCUGCCAACGUUCUCUUCUCUGUUGCAACCUUGCUCAAGGGGCGGUCGCUCGCUGAAGUCGCACAAUUAUCAACAACCGUCACCAGUCCUGUAGUAUCGCGAAUAGAGAAAUUCAACGUAUUUUUCGACCUCUCGCCGAUCCAGCAGUGGUUCUUUGGUCAAUCACCACCUGAAUUGGUCAAUACGAAAAGUCUUUAUUGCAAUCAAAGCUUUUACGUUAGAGUUACACGUCCAAUUUCCACAGAUAAGCUCCGCAGUGCAAUUGGCACAAUCGUGGAGAAGCAUUCCAUGCUCAGAGCACGCUUUGCAAGGGUUAAUGGUAAAUGGAUGCAGCGUGUCAUUCAACCUGGCCAGGGCCUGCAUCACUUUGAGUCGUCGCAACAAGAUUCGAUGGCUGAUAUCGAGUGUCUGGCUGCAAAAAGGCAGCAAGAGCUGGAUAUCGAGAAUGGCCCCGUCUUUUCAGCAGAUGUCUGCAUGACCCCGGCUCCCAAAUCAGAUCAAUAUAUUAUCCUCAUUGCGCAUCACUUGGUUGUUGACCUUGUGUCGUGGCGAAUUAUCCUAGAAGAUCUAGAGGUCCUACUGACUGGUGGCGCGUUGCAAGAAGAGGUUCCCUUCCAAGUAUGGAACCAGUUGCAAAUAGAGAAGGCCGGCACGCCGGAGCUAGAUCCUGAAAAUGUUCUUAAUAUCGACGGAGUCACCAAUAACCUUACUUUCUGGGAAUUCACCCCGGAUACCCCUAAUACAGUUGACGACCUCAAGGACAGGCCUAUAGUAAUUGGCAGAGAUCUCACUUUAUGCCUUUUAAAAGACGCCAAUGGAGCCUUCAAUACCGAACCCGUGGACCUACUUCUAUCAGCAGUAUGGCACUCUUUCUUACAAGCCUUCCCUAGUCGUGGGGACCUCACUAUAUUUAAUGAGGGCCACGGCCGUGAACCAGGGAGCCUAGACGUAGAUCUCUCGCGCACUGUCGGUUGGUUUACUACAAUGAGCCCUCUGAGGAUCUCUCGUGAUACAGCCGACAGUAUCGUCAACAUUGUGCGACAUGUCAAGGAUAUGAGGAGGCGACUGCCGUCCAACGGCUGGGCUUACUUUGCCUCUAGGUAUCUAAACAGCAAGGGAAUCAGAGCAUUUGAAUCACAUGAGGCUACUACCAUGGAAAUUGUCUUCAAUUAUCAUGGCCAGUUUCAGCAACUAGAGCAUGACGAUGCCCUUUUUGACACUAUUACCCUAGACAAAACCUCUGAUGUUGGGCCAUCCUUGCCCGCAUCAUCGCUCAUCGAGAUAAAUGCUACAAUCGAAGAUGGAGUUACACAGAUCUUCUUUUCCUGGAAUCGUCAUAUAGCCCACCAGGACUUGAUCGACCUGUGGAUUUCUCAGGUUAGCCUAUCACUGCAGGCUAUUUGCGAUGAUCUCAGCUCUAGAGCACCUUCCAAGACCCUUUACGACUAUGAGUUUCUCCACCUCAAUUACAAGCAACUCGACGACCUUUGUAGGUAUGUGAUUCCCGAAAUUGAGUCAGCCAACAACACAACGGUAGAGGACAUUUUCCCAUGCCUACCUAUGGUGGACGGCAUGCUACUGAGCCAAAUCAAGGAGCCCGGGGCUUAUGAGACAUCCGCCACAUAUGAGAUACGGUCCCCUAUCGGCCAUCUGAUUAGUCUUGAAAGACUGGCUGAAGCUUGGCAAACUGUAAUCGCUCGUCAGCCUGCUCUGCGAACGGUUUUUAUUCAAGGGAGUGAUUCAACAGCAGCCUUCAAUCAAGUGGUCUUGCAGUCUUAUCAUGGAGACGUGAUUCUACUAGAGAGUGAGAACAGAACUUCAGCAUUAGCAAUGCUCAACAACCUACAGCCUAUUAACUACCGAAACAUCAGGCCGCCACAUCGCUUAGCACUGAGUUUUGUUCGUGGAGAGAAUCUCGUUUUUUGUCAGUUAGAGGCUAGCCAUACCAUUACAGAUGGUGCCUCGUCAGCAAUAAUUAUUGAGGAUUGGAUCAAAGCUUAUACCGGUACCCUGGACCUUGAUAGCAUCAACGACGUCAAUCGUGGUUUUGCACGAUUUAUAAAAUCCGUGUCAGCAACGGACAGGAUGGCAUAUUGGAAACGAAAGCUAGCAGAUGCAGAGCGUUGUUAUUUCGAGCCAUUAUAUCAUGUUCACCAAGUUCCCCAGGCCGAUCAAGGAGUUUGCUUCGCUUCGGCUGAAAUAACUGGGGACAAGUUCACCCAAAUUAUGCGAUCUUGCGAGUCACAAUCCGUGACGCCUGCAAGCCUCUUCCAAAGUGCCUGGGCACUCUGUUUGGCAGCUUACACAGGAAAGGAGAGCGUCACCUUCGGCUACCUCGCAUCCGGUAGAGAUCUUCCAGUGCCGGGUAUCACGCGUGCUGUUGGUGCAUAUGCGUCCAUGUUGAUCUGCCGAGCCAAUAUAUCGCGCGAAUGGACUAGUCAACAAUUCGUACACCAUAUUCAUGAUCAAGUCAUGGAGGAUCUUGGCUAUCAACAGAGUUCUCUAGCCGAUAUCCAACACCAACUCGGUAUGCCAUCUGGGCAGUCACUAUUCAACACAAUUGUAUCAUUUCAGAGGGAGGAUGAAACGGUAGGAGAAGAUGCAGAAGCGCCAACGCUCACCUUUACGAAUAUGGACGGCGAAGAUCCCACUGAGUUCGACAUUGGGGUCAGCUUUUCGAUAUCUGAUACAACAGCAUACUUAUCUCUUGAUGCCCGCGCUUCCUGUCUGUCCAGUGAGCAGGCUAGCCGUGUUAUUUCCCUCGUGAAGACCACAGCAAUCGCCAUCGCAACCGACGGCAUGCUCAAUGGCUCGCUUGGCGGAAGACAUAAAUCCAUUACAUUAGCAGAUAUCAGCUCAGUCAGCGAGGAGGAUUUAGAUGCCAUUUGGCGUUGGAACGAGACAGUGCCAGAAGCUGCCAAUAUCUUAGUACAUGACCUUAUUGCCGAGACCAUCGCCAGGCAGCCCAACGCCCCCUCUGUGUGUGCUUGGGACGGUGAUUUUACUUACGCCGAGUUAGAUGAUGCUUCAUCUCGCUUAGCCCUUCAUCUCAUUGAGUUAGGUGUUGGUCCUGAGGUUAUAGUGCCUCUAUGCCUUGAGAAAAGUCGAUGGGUCCCAGUCGCGAUGCUAGCUGUAAUGAAAGCCGGCGGAGCAUCUGUGGCGAUGGAUGUAACCGUCCCUAGAGAGCGUCUUCAAACCAUUGUGCAGCAGGUCAAACCAGCGCUAAUCUUAUCAUCUUCUACGACUAAGGACCUCGCAACACAGCUCACCAACCAGCCCAUAGUAGUGCUAGGUUCCGCACAGUUAUCCGAGCUCGACGUACCCAGCAAGCCACUUCCGUCAAGGGUUCAGCCUGAAAAUACCUUAUAUAUCAACUUCACAUCUGGAAGUACGGGGCAGCCUAAGGGCGUUAUCAUUAAGCAUGUCAAUUUCAGCAGCUCCAUCCGACAUGUACGAGGUCUGCAUGGCUUUAAACCCACUUCACGUGUCUAUGACUUCUCCUCGCACGCUUUCGAUAACAUAUGGUCAAAUGCGCUACAGACGCUAUCAUGUGGUGCAUGUUUAUGCAUUCCUUCUGAGACUGAUCGAAGAGAUGAUUUGGCUGGUUCUAUCAAGCGACUAGGGGCUAAUUUCAUUGAUAUCACUCCCUCAACUGCAAGCAUACUCCCAUUGGAGACGAUUCAAUCUUUGGAAUUGUUAAUGGUUGGAGGAGAACGCCUCACAUCAGAUUCUGCAAAGCAGUGGGCUUCUGUCGUAGACCUCCGCAAUGGUUAUGGUCCUUGCGAAUGCACACCCACCACUACGAUUGCAGCCAUAAGGCCGAAUAGCUAUGAUAUGACAACAAUUGGCCGUGGUGUUGGGGUCAACACAUGGGUUGUCGAUGCUCAUACAGGUACCUCACUUGUGCCAGUAGGUAGUAUUGGCGAACUGCUCCUGGAAGGUCCGCUCGUGGGCGCAGGAUACCUGGGCAAUCCCCAAAGCACGGCAAACGCGUUUAUCGAAGAUCCCAAGUGGUUACUACAGGGCACAUUGUGCAGGAAAGGCCGCCGUGGCCGUCUCUAUAAAACUGGCGACCUAGUUCGAUAUAAUCCAGAUGGCACCCUAUCUUUCGUUGGUCGGAAAGAUGCCCAAGUCAAGAUCAACGGCCAGCGGCUAGAGCUUGGAGAUAUUGAGCAUCAUGUUGCUGCCAGUAUCACAGAUUCCGCAGAUGCCCAAGUAAUAGUAGAAAUGCUGGUGCCUCGACAAUACCACCAAGCCAUGCUGAUAGCUUUCAUAUGCCUUUCCGAAGCCCGGGGCAAAGAUGGCAAUGACCAAGGAUCAGAGUUGCAGAGAUUGACUGCGGGAUUGAACACAAGACUUGCAAAACUAAUACCUCCUUAUAUGAUACCUUCAUCCUAUGUCCUUGUUGACCACAUCCCUAUGACGCCCACGGGCAAGACAGACAGGCGACAGAUUCGUGCCAUAGGCGAACGAAUGACUUUGGAAGAGCUUCUAGUUCACAGCUCGUCGAUAAGUGGUGAACAUCGAAAACCGACUACGGAAAUGGAACGACACCUUCUAAGCCUAUCGGCAUCUGUGCUUGGCGUCAGUCUCGACAAAAUUGGAAUCGAUGACAGCUUCUUACAGGUCGGGGGUGAUUCGAUUGGGGCCAUGAAACUUGUUGCAGCGGCUCGCGAACAAGGCAUAGCCUUGACCGUUGCGGAUGUCUUCCAGACGCCCCGGCUGGGCGACUUGGCUGUGAAAGCUCACCAAGUAUUCGAGCCAGAUAGAAUGGAUGUCGAGCCAUUCUCACUACUAAAGGCUGGUUGUGAAGUUCAAGGGAUACGCCAAGAGGCCGCAGCUUUCUGCGGAGUAGAUCCGUUGCACAUCGAGGACGUUUUCCCAUGCACUCCGCUUCAGGAAGGUCUGCUUGCUCUAACAACAAAGCGACCAGGGGACUAUGUCUUCAGGUCUACAUAUGAGCUCAAAAGCACUAUCAAUAUACAGCGUUUCCGAGAAGCUUGGAAACAGUUGGUAUCAAUAACCCCAAUGUUACGUACCCGAAUCGUGGAUUUAUCCAGUCAGGGCUUGGUACAGGUUGUCGUUGCUCAGCAGCAGAUCCAUUGGCUGGGUGAGAACUUCACAAGCUCAAGUGCCUAUCAGCGCGCGGAUGAGCAAUUAACAAUCGGGUUGGGCACGCCACUCGUGCGAGUCGCUAUUAUCAAGGAACAAGACAAGCAUUUCUUUAUUUGGACGAUGCAUCAUGCGCUAUACGAUGGGUGGACAGUUCCGCUUCUGCUGGAGAAUCUAGAGAAGUCAUAUAUAGACGAAGCAAAUCUCCAGCAUCAGCCCCCAUUCCAGUUGUUCGUUAGACAUCUACUACACGCGGAUAGCAAACAGGCUGAGAAGUACUGGAAGAAACAGUUCAAAGAAUUCGAUGCCGUAACAUAUCCGGCACUACCAUCGUCAACCCACGAGCCCCGAUCCGAUCAAACUGUAGAGCAUUACAUCCAGGGGGUACAAUGGCCAACUAGCGAUAUUACCACCUCCACGGCAGUUCGGGCGGCGUGGUCCAUUUUGGCGGCGCGGUAUACCGAUUCCAAUGACGUGAUUUUCGGUCUGACUGUGAGCGGUCGGCAGGCAUCUGUACCAGGCAUUGAGCGCGUAACUGGACCAACAAUUGCAACAGUGCCAAUGCGAGUCGUGCUGGAUCCAGAGAAAACUUUGCAGGAAAUCUUGAUACAAAUACAAGCUCAGGGAAUUGAAAUGACGGCGUUUGAGCAGACUGGAUUACAACGGAUCCGCCGGAUGAGUACUGAAGCUGAACGAGCCUGCAACUUCCAAACGCUGCUGGUAAUACAGCCGUCUGAGAAGAACUACAAUUCACGUAGCCAGCUAUUUGUUGAGCUCCGCGACGAAGAAAGUGAUGGACCUAUUGCGGAUCUAAAUACACAUGCCCUUACAGUCAGCUGUGAUCUUGAAGACCACGGGCUCGCGUUGAGGAUUGCCUUCGACUCCAAAAUAAUCAGCAAAAACCAAGUUCAGAAGCAUGUCUCUCACUUUGAACAUGCCCUCCGCCAGAUUUGUGACCCCGAAAAUGCCCAAAAGGCACUUGCUGAUAUAGAGACGCUUGGUCGAGAGGACUUGGAGGACAUUUGGGGCUGGAACGCUACAGUGCCAGAGUGUUCAAACGCAUUGGUCCAUCAUUUGUUUGAAGAUACAGCCCAGAGACUGCCAGAUACCGAAGCUGUGUGUGCCUGGGAUGGAACUUGGACCUAUUCAGAGCUAGAUAGCAUCACGAGUCGUCUUGCCCGCCACCUUGUGAGCUUGGGUGUUGGCCCAGAGGCCGUUGUACCGCUAUGCUUCGAGAAAUCCGGCUAUACAUGUAUAGCAAUGCUUGCAGUCAUGAAAGCUGGCGGUGCAUCUGUGGCUAUGGAUACAACUCUCCCUGAAGACCGACUGAGGAUUAUCGCGCUACAGGUUAACCCGACAUUGAUCCUGUGUUCAUCAAGUAACGAAGAUCUAGCACUUCGGCUUGCAGACACUCCAGUAAUGGUCAUCACUGAGGCCAGUCUGUCGACUCUGACUGAUGCAAAUGCUCCAUCUUCGACGCAACUCCAGCACGUACAGCCCUGGAACAAGCUUUAUGUGGUAUUUACGUCUGGUAGUACGGGAACACCAAAGUGUGUAAUUAUCACACACUCAAAUUAUAGUAAUGCCAUCCAGUAUCAACAAGGUAUUAACGGCUUUACACAAGGAUCAAGGGUAUACGACUUUGCUUCUUACGCAUUCGAUGCCACCUGGGCCAAUCUGUUGAAUUCAUUAACAUGCGGCGCCACUCUGUGUGUUCCUUCUGAUGCUGAGCGAAGAGACGACCUAGCCGGCUCUCUCCGACACUAUAGAGCUAAUUUUGUGCAAUUGACUCCCUCAACGGCAUCGAUACUUCCGCUCGAGUCAGUCCAAUCGCUUGACACGUUGCUCCUCGCCGGAGAAGCUCUUCCGCAAGCAUAUGCGGAACGGUGGGCCAAGAUUGUAGAUCUGAGGAACGCCUACGGACCUUGUGAGGCAACUCCAGCUGCUACUUUCGCCAGCAUUCAGUCUGAUAAUACGCUAGAAGUUGGCAUCGGCAAAGGGGUUGGCACCGUUACGUGGGUAGCUGACACAAAAACUGCUCAAUUCCUCACACCGGUAGGCAGCGUUGGUGAGCUUCUCCUGGAAGGACCAUCCGUGGGACCGGGGUACCUUCAUGACCCUGAGAAGACUGCUGCGGCCUUUAUUGACAAUCCACCGUGGCUGCUUCGUGGCACUCCAAGUCAACCUGGUCGUCAUGGUCGUCUGUAUAGAACCGGUGACUUGGUUCGAUAUAAUAGCGAUGGAAGCCUGGUAUAUAUUGGCCGUAAGGAUGCCCAAGUUAAACUUCACGGGCAGCGUGUGGAACUAGGAGAAAUCGACAAUCAUAUGAUACGUCAUUCGUCCGUUCGUCAGGCGGCAAGUUUGUUUCCUAUCACAGGUCCUUGUGCAAAUCGACUUGUCGGCGUUAUUAGCCUUGAAGAAUACCAACCAGAAGCCGUCAUCUCGUCCGGAAUCGAUCUCGCUAUCAACGAUGAAAACGCAGCGCGACUGUUCCGAGAUGUUCAGAAGGAGCUUUAUACUAUGCUGGAGGGUGCUCUCCCUGUUUACAUGAUUCCAUCCAUUUGGGUUGCCGUCAGGGACAUUCCUCUUAACCCCUCUGGUAAGCUCAACCAUAAGGCUCUUCGCGAAUGGCUCUGCGAUAUGGACUUGAAAACCUUCACCAAGAUCUGUCACGAGAACGAUACGGACGAGGAGGUCGAUCACACACCAGUGACCCACGCAGAGCAAGUAAUUGCAAAUGCUUGCAGUAUCGUCCUCAACCUACCAGUUGAGCAGGUCAAUAUUCAUAAGUCUUUUAUUGCUAAUGGUGGUGAUUCCAUCUCCGCAAUGCGUCUCAGCCCCCACUGCCGCGCCUCUCGAGUUGUUUUCUCAGUAGCAACUCUACUCAGGGGCAAAUCUCUUGCGGAAGUGGCAAGAACUUCAACUGUCACAGCAACUUGUACUGCGCAUCGAGAAGAAUACGAGACGGCCUUUGGUCUUUCGCCUAUCCAGCAGUGGUUCUUCGAUCAGUGCCCAACUCAACUCGUCAAUACUAAAGAUUACCACUUCAAUCAGAGCUUCUACCUUCAACUCAGACAAGUAGUAUUCGCAGACAAAAUUGCAAGCGCAAUCUCAACAAUCGUUCGGCAACACUCUAUGCUUAGGGCCCGAUUCCAGAAAAUUGGCGAGUACUGGACACAAUCUGUGCUGAAGCCUACUGCUGAAAAUGUGCACCAUUUUAAAUCUUGGAAUCUCGAAUCUCUCUCAGAAGUCAAGUCGAUUGCAUCACAAAGACAGCAUGGAUUGGAUAUCGAGAGAGGUGUCGUUUUUGCUGCAGAUUUAUGCACGCUAUCUUCAGGGGAGCAAUACCUUCUCUUUGUCGCCCACCACCUCGUUGUCGACCUUGUAUCAUGGCGUAUCAUCCUAGAAGAUUUGGAGACUCUCAUAAGUGACGGUCAGUUAGAGGAAGGGCUUCCGUUUCAAGUUUGGAAUCAGUUGCAGAAAGAGGAGAUUGUCUCUUCUAAAUACGACCCCCAGGGCUCGCUAUCUGUACAAGAGGCUAACAACGACCCCGAAUUCUGGAACUUCGAUUCAUCAACCUCUAACACAGCCAGUGAUCAGUACGAGGACUUCCUGGAAAUUGGACCAGAAGUGACAGGAUUAUUAUUGAAGGAGAGUAACAAUGCCUUUAAUACGGAGCCCCUCGAUAUUCUUCUCUCUGCAGUCUCGGAUGCUUUCCUGAACAUAUUCCCUCGACAAGGCCUAACAAUUUUCAACGAGGGUCAUGGCCGUGAGCCUUGGAAUGCAGAGGUUGACUUAUCUCGAACAGUUGGUUGGUUCAGCACCCUGGUUCCGAUAACUGUAUCAAGGAAUAGAGACAACUCGCAUGAGCACAUUGUUCGACUUGUAAAAGAUGCUCGAAGACGCCUUCUCGCCAAUGGCUGGGCUUACUUCACGUCCAGAUAUCUGAGUAGCAAGGGAGCUCACGCCUUCAAGUCGCAUGGCUCUACUAUGGAGCUAGUUUUCAAUUACCAUGGCCAAUUUCAGCAGCUAGAAAACGAUGACUCUCUUUUCAAUAACAUCAUUCUUGACGGUAUCUCGGACGCUGGCCCGGCUCUACCAAUGUCAGCUCUUUUUGAGAUCAAUGUGUCCAUUGAGGGAGGAUCAACUCACCUCUCAUUCUCAUGGAACCGACAUAUUUCUCACCAAGGCCUCAUUCGGGAUUGGUUCGCGCAGAUCGGCAUAUCAUUACAGAAGAUCUGUACUACUCUCGCUUUCAGGAAGCCUGAGACGACCCUCUGUGACUACGAGUUUCUCAACCUCGAUUAUAGAGGUCUCGACGAGUUGCAAGCCCAUAUUAUUCCAGACAUCAUGGCAGCUAAUAACGCCACAGUCGCAGGCAUAUAUCCAUGCCCGCCCAUGAUAAACGGUAUUCUCCUUAGCCAGCUCAAGGACUCGUCUUCGUACAAAACCUCGCAGAUAUACCGAAUUCAGUCGCCAGACAGUGACGUCAGCAUUGCUCGCCUCGCAGACGCGUGGCAGAAAGUAGUUGCGCGACAUCCGUCACUCCGCAGCGUUUUCAUGGAAGGUCUUGAUGACGACACAGCUUUUAAUCAGGUCGUGUUAGAAGCAUGUCCCGCAAAUAUUAUCCUACUAAAGAGCCACAGCGAGAAUUCUGCGCUGAGCAUGCUGACGGGUCUUCCGUCAGUCAACUACCAGCAACUUAAACCUCCUCACCGCCUCACCCUGCUCGAGCUAUCCAACAUCAAUGGGCUAAGCGGCAGUCAAGUUAUUUGUCAGCUGGAAAUGAGCCACGCUAUUACCGAUGGCAGCUCAUCCACGAUAAUCCUGGAGGACUGGGCGCGGGCAUAUGCUGGCGUCCUAAGCCAGGAGACAGUUGAUAUAACCUACAACUUUGCGCGGGUGCUCAGUUCACGCUUGCCAGAAAAUCGAAUGAACUACUGGAAGAAGAAGCUAUGCGGCGUCAAUUCCUGCCAAUUUCCUCACCUAUCUAACCUCUCCCGACAAGUUAAUAAUGUUUCGACUGUAAGCAUCGACAUAACCGGCGAGACAUUUGCCAAGAUCCAACAUUUCAGCGAGGAGAAAUUCGUCACACCCGCCAGCCUAUUCCAGAGUGCCUGGGCCCUUCUUUUAGCAAAUUAUACCGGAAGUAAUGACGUUUGCUUCGGAUAUCUCGCAUCUGGAAGAGAUCUUCCAGUACUUGGCAUUUCAGAAGCAGUUGGUGCGUACGCAAACCUGCUAGUCUGUCGUAUCGACCUAUCACAGAACCAGACCAAGAAUGAUCUCGUAUGGAACAUGCACAAUCAGGUUCUGUCAGACCUUGAUUUUCAGCAUUGCUCUCUGGCAGACAUACAGCAUCAACUGAGUCUACUCCCCGGCCAGGCGCUUUUCAAUACCCUCGUGUCCUUCCAGCGUGACGACAGCACCGCAGACCGUACUAGUCAUCAAUAUUUAGAAUUUACGGAACUCGAUGGAGAGGAUCCAACUGAAUACGAUAUUGCUCUCAGUAUAACAUAUGGUGCAGGCCAAGUUGGGUUGAACUUGGAGUAUCGCCUGUGUUGCUUGUCCGACCAGCAAGCAAGUCGUGUCGCCUGUUUGUUGGAGCGACUUGUUACCGCUCUUGUUAGCAACAAAGAUCAGAGCAUAGGGAACCAGAACAACAGCCUGGUCGACAUUGAUGCUAUGACCCAAGAUGACUUGCAAGAUGUCUGGAAAUGGAACGCAGUUGUUCCACAAACCAUUGACGUCGCAAUUCACAACCUUUUCACUAACGCUGCUCAGAGGUGGCCUGAUAAACAAGCUGUAUGCGCAUGGGACGGCAACUGGACAUACCGCGAAUUGGAUAAUACUUCUACCUCAUUCGGCCAUCGCUUAAGGAGCUUAGGGAUGGGCCCAGGUGCUAUUAUUCCACUUUAUUUUGAAAAGUCACGAUGGACUGUCGUCGCUAUGGUAGCCGUUCUCAAGGUUGGCGCCGCCUUCGUCCUUGUCGAUCCAUCGCAACCGACGUCUCGCCUCGACUCCAUCAUUCAUCAGACACGAGCGAAGCUGCUGGUUUGCUCUUCCACCGAAGCUCACAGGUGGUCCGAUAUUGAUGUCAAAGUACUGUCUGUGGAUAGCCCGUAUCCGGAUACUACGGGCAACACGGACUGUCCUCUCCAAGUUGAAAGCAAUCCAUCAUCCCCGAUGUAUGUCGUUUUUACGUCCGGAAGUACGGGAAAGCCAAAGGGUGUUGUUGUGACACAUGCCUCGUUCUCCUCUGCCAUGCACUAUCAGGCGAAUGCUCUCGGCUACGAUAGCCAGGCUCGCGUUUACGACUUUGCGUCAUACGUAUUUGACGCCUCCAUCGAGACGGCUUUCAUGACUCUCACGACGGGAGGCUGCCUAUGUGUGCCAUCAGAUGCCGAUCGGAAGAACAACCUUACCGAGUCACUAAUUAGCACUGAAGCUACUCUGAUCGAAUUAACGCCUUCUGUCGCGCGCACUCUUGAGCGCGAGCGGUUGGUUGAUCUCAGAUUCCUAAUUCUGGGCGGUGAAGCAGUCAAUCAAGACGACGCAAAGGGUUGGCCGGAGAACGUCCUCGUCAUCAACACAUACGGACCCUCUGAGUGCACGCCAACCAGUACUAUGCAAUGCCAAUAUGAUGGUGUUGGCGUGAUGAAUAUCGGUGCCGGGGCUGGAGUAGUCACUUGGUUAUCCGACCCAAGUAACUCGGAUCGACUGGUACCGAUAGGUUCAGUUGGAGAAUUGUUGCUUGAAGGACCGCUUGUGGGACCAGGAUACCUACAUGAUGCGGAGAGAACAGCGGCAGCCUUUAUUGAGGAUCCAAUCUGGCUACAACGCGGAACAGGUGAUCUGCCCGGCCGCCGAGGGCGUUUAUACAAAACUGGUGAUCUCGUGCGGUAUAACGACGAUGGGAGCCUUAGCUUCGUGGGCCGUAAGGAUACACAAGUCAAGAUUCGUGGUCAAAGAGUGGAAUUAGGCGAAGUUGAACAUCAACUCCAGGUCUGCAUGCCCGGCGUGCAACAGGUGGCUGCCGAAGUGAUCGUGCCCGGCGGCCAAGAAGCCAAGCCCUUGCUGGCAGUCUUCGUAGUGAUGGAUCCAAAUACGCAUUUGGAGACAAAGAUGCUCGCAGUACCGACUAUUGUUGGUGAUACCGACAAUAAGCUACCUACAAUCCAUAUAGCCAGCAUCCCCGCCUCUGUCGAGGACUUGCUCGUCGAGGUUCUUCCGUCCUACAUGGUGCCAGCAGCCUUCCUGGAACUUGAUCAGUUGCCCAUGACAGCUUCCGGAAAGACUGACCGCCACCGCUUGCGUGCUAUUGGCGCUGGCUUUUCUGUUCAGCAACUCGCCGAGCUGCGAAGUGGUCUCCUGGCCGACAAACGCGGCCCGUCUACAGAGAUGGAGCGAGCGCUACAACAGAUCUGGGCACAGGUUCUCAAUGUCGAUGUAGCGACUAUUGGCAUGGAUGAUAGCUUCCUACGCCUCGGCGGUGACUCCAUCACGGCAAUGCAGGUCUCGGCAGCAGCACGAGCUUCCGUCGCAAAGAUAUCCAUUACCGACAUCCUCCAGAAGAAGACGAUUGCCAAGAUUGCAUCCGCAGCAGCACAUCUGACAACAUGCGAUGAGCUUGCAGAUGAUUCGACGCGGGUGCAGUUCUCUACUCGAAAAGAGAUGGUCAAAUUUCAACAAGAGCAUUGCUUACGACUCGGUGCGUUUCGUGUUGAGGACAUCGAGGAUAUUUAUCCCUGCACGCCUAUGCAAGAACGUAUACUGCAAGCGCAAGAACAAGAUCCAAGAGCAUAUGUGACUGGAUUUGGGCUAGCCAUCGAGGCUUCACAAAUCGAUGAAACUGUAGAAUUCUCAAGAAUCCAGCGAGCAUGGGCAAACGUGGUCAAACGACACGGACUCUUGCGAGCCGUCCUCAUCCGUGACGAACCCGGACAUGGCCGAACGACUCAUGUCAUCCUUCGAGACCCUGCACCAAGCAUAUCCUACCAUGCCACUAGUGAAGCAGAGAUGGCCUCUACGGGACGCGGAGAUCUUCAACGACUGCCAUACUACGCUCAAGAUGGCCUGCAACAUCACCUCUCAGUCUAUCAGACAACGUCCAAGCGUGCCUACCUCCGGUUUGAGAUGAAUCAUGCCAUCAUCGACGGCCACUCCACAGCUAUCCUACUUCGCGACUUCGAACUUGCCUAUACAGGUCAUCUAUCGUCGGAUGGUCCUCUGUACAGUAACUUUAUCAAGUAUGUGCACGAGAAGCCCCGAUAUGAUGCACAAGGCUUCUGGACCAAGCAUCUACAAGACGUGGAGCCAUGCCUUUUCCCGACUUCCAAGAGCAUUGCGGAGCCCCAGGGCACAGUUCAAAUUGAGGUACCCAAUCUCGACCCUAAGGAAAUCGCCGCGUUCUGUGCGGAGUGGGAAAUAACUCAAGCCAACCUCAUCCGCAUAGCUUGGGCACUAGUGCUCCAAAAGUACACCAAGUCAACUAGGCCAUGCUUUGGCACCAUCACAUCAGGAAGAGACCUACCCGUUGACGACGUGGAUGAACUUUUCGGUCUGUUGAUGAGUCUUAUUCCGUGCAGAGUCCGGCUUGACCAGACACAAUCCGUCUUGGAAACACUAAGAGCCUCCCAGGAGGAUUAUCUGCACAUGUUGCCACAUCAAACCUCUUAUUUGGUAAAUUUACAGAAGCAUGGUCUUGAAUCUGAGCUUUUCAACACAGCUAUUUCCAUCCACAGGGACACACUAGACGGCCCAGAAGCAAAAAAUUCAGAAGGACAAAUCAUCCAUCUACAGGACGAGUUUGAUCCAGUGCAUUAUGAUAUUUACAUUAGAGGAAUAUAUGAAAAGGAUGAUCUUUCUCUUGUGCUGGAGUUUUGGGAGGAACGCAUUUCCCGAACUCAAGGUGUGGAUGUGGCGAGAUCAUUCAGUGCCGCGAUUUCGUCCAUCAUCUCCCAGCCAGAGCAGGACAUUCGUCAGCUCACAAUCAUGUAA